CUCUUGGCACGCACAAAAUCUACUUUGACUUAUCACCACCGAUUCGAAGCCGACGGCGACAAACAGCUAAUUACCCAAGCCUAACUUACUGUUUCGAUCGAGUCCCCCGAUCCCCCGCAAUCGAAUUUCGCCCAUCAUGUCGUCCGCCGAAGUCCAAGAACGCCUCAAGAAGCUCGGCCUGAGCGCCCGAACUGGUGGAAAGGGUACUCCUCGACGAAAGGUCAAGCGUGCGCCCGCCCGCUCCGGCGCUGACGACAAGAAGCUUCAGCUCGCCCUCAAGAAGCUGAACACCCAGCCCAUCCAGGCUAUCGAGGAGGUCAACAUGUUCAAGCAGGACGGAAACGUCAUCCACUUCGCUGCUCCCAAGGUUCACGCUGCUGUUCCUUCCAACACCUUUGCCAUCUAUGGUAACGGUGAGGACAAGGAGCUCACCGAGCUUGUCCCCGGUAUCCUCAACCAGCUCGGCCCCGACUCCCUUGCUUCUCUGCGCAAGCUCGCCGAGAGCUACCAGAACCUCCAGAAGGAGAAGGGUGAGGACGAUGACGAGAUUCCCGACCUGGUCGAGGGCGAGAACUUCGAGAACGAGCCCAAGGUCGAGUAAAGUUCCUCUACACAGUCAAGGGCGAAGGGGUAGUGAAAUCGUAGGUCUAUUCGGCCAAGAGGCUGGCUAGUUUCUCCUACGAGGCGGGUUUUCUGUUUCCCCCUGGUAUUGGGCAGUCGUAACAGUCACUCCCCCGCUCUCUAUGUUGAGUAGCAGAGGAGUAGGUACGGGUACGCAAAAGGUCACAGCUUGGGAAUGUCGCGGUGAAAUGGCGACCUUAUGCUGGCUGAGGUUGAUUGAUCUGUACAAACAAACAAAAAUACGACUUACAUCGGGAGA